GCCACCAUCCUUUCAGCCCCUACGGGUCUACUCAGCGUCUAGGGUUGGUCGCCUGGCUUUCGGCACUGGGGCAAAGUGUUUAGGACAGCGGUUUCAUCGUUUGCCUCCAACAAUGAAGACGGGGUUCGUCCAUCAGUUGAGAAUUUUUGUCAUCUGCAAAUAAUGUUGGCCAGAUGUUAAGUGUAUGGACUGGAUUAAGAAGAACUUGCUUCUGCCUCUGACUUGGCUUCACCCCUUGGCUUGUGAGAUUACAGCUCCCCGACCAGGGAUUGAACACUCACUCUCGGCGGUGAAAGCGUGGAGUCCUAACCACUGGAUCUCCAGUUAUUACUUUCCUGAUGUGAGAAAAGCUACUGCGCAAGAACAAGCAGGCUGCUGACACACCCUUGCUUAGGAACUGGAAAAGAUGACCAAGGUCCAGGCAUCUUUGUCAUUUGAGGACGUGGCUGUGGAUUUCACCUGGGAGGAGUGGCAGUUACUGGACCCAUCUCAGAAGGACCUGUACAGGGAUGUCAUGUUGGAGAACUACUACAACCUAGUGUCAGUAGGGUAUCAGGCUCCCAAACCAGAUUCACUCUUCCAGUUGGAACAAAGAGAACCCCCAUGGAUGGUAAAGGGAGCAGCCCAGAGUCAAACCUGUCCAGGCUAUCAAGCUACCAAACCAGAUAUGAUCCUUAAUUUCGACCCUGGAGAAGAGCCAUGGAGAGUAGAAGAUGAAAUGCAGUGUCAGUACUUUUCAGGCAAGAAACUAUAUGGAUGCAGUGAAAGUGUGGUGAAUACUUGUAAACCACUUGUGACCAUGCCUCAGAAAACUCAUGCAGGAAAGAAAUCCCAUGAAUGCUAUGAUUGUAAGAGAGCCUUUCCCAGUAAAUUAAAGCUAAUUACUCAUCAGGAAACUCACACAAGAGAGAAACUGUAUGGAUGCAGUCAAUGUCAGAAAGCCUUCAUUACAAAGUCAGCGCUCACCUAUCAUCAGAAGACCUGUCACAGAGAAGGGAAAUCCUACGGAUGCAACAAAUGUGGGAAAGCUUUUCCUUGGAGGUCAAAACUCACUUUACAUCAGAGGACUCAUUCAGAUGAGAGACCUUUCAAAUGCAGAGUAUGUGAUAAAGCCUUCAUGGUUAGGACAUAUCUCACUGUGCAUCAGAGAACUCACACAGGAGAGAAACCAUACAAAUGCUCAGAUUGUGAGAAAGCCUUCUCAAAAAAGGCUCAGCUUGUGAUUCACCAGCGAAUUCACACUGGGGAGAGACCAUUUGGAUGCAGUCAGUGUCAGAAAGCCUUCAUUACAAAGUCUGCACUAAUCUAUCAUCAGAAAACCCGUCACAGAGAAGGGAAAUCCUAUGGAUGCAACAAAUGUGGGAAAGCUUUUCCUUGGAGGUCAAAGCUCAUUUUACAUCAGAGGACUCAUUCAGGAGAGAGACCUUUCAGAUGCAGAGUAUGUGAUAAAGCCUUCAUGGUUAGGACACAUCUCACUGUGCAUCAGAGAACUCACACAGGAGAGAAACCAUACAAAUGCUCAGAUUGUGAGAAAGCCUUCUCAAAAAAGGCUCAGCUCAUGAUUCACCAGCGAAUUCACACAGGCGAGAGACCAUUUGGAUGCAGUCAGUGUCCACAAGCCUUCAUCCAGAAGUCAGAUCUCAGUAAUCAUAAGAAAACUCAUCAUGCACUAGGGAAAUCGCAUGAAUGCAGUGAAUGUGGGAAGGUUUUGUCCUCUAAGUCAACUCUCAUUAUACAUCGGAGAACCCAUACAGGUGAGAAACCCUUCAGAUGCAGUGCAUGUGAUAAAGCCUUCACAUCAAAGGCACAUCUCAUUGUACACGAAAGAAUUCAUACAGGAGAGAGGCCGUAUGAAUGCUCAAAUUGUGAGAAAGCCUUCUCCACUAAGGCACAUCUCAUGAUUCAUCAGCGAAUUCACACAGGAGAGAGGCCUUAUGGAUGUAAUGAAUGUCAACAAGCUUUCAUCCAGAAGUCAGGUCUCACUAACCAUCUACAAAAUUGUCACGCCAGAGUGAAAUUGUAUGGAUGCGGUGAAUGUGGGAAGGUUCUGUCCUGUAAGUCAACUCUUGUUAUACAUCAGAGAACCCAUACAGGUGAGAAGCCAUUCAAAUGUAGUCUAUGUGACAAAGCCUUCACAGCUAAAUCCUAUCUCACUGUACAUCAGAGAAUUCAUACAGGAGAGAGACCAUAUGAAUGCUGCAAUUGUAAGAAAGCGUUUGCUACUUUGUCUACUCUCAUUGGUCACCAGAGAACUCACACAGGAGAGAGGCCCUAUGGAUGCAAUGAAUGUCAAAAAGCCUUCUUUCGGAAAUCAGCUCUUGUUAAUCAUCAGCAAACUCAGCAUAGAGGAAAGUCCUCUGCACAAUAACUGUGGGAAUGUGAGAAUCUACUCAGAGAACUCAUACAGAACAGAAAUGCCAUGAAUGCUCUGAUUAUAUAGACCCUUCUGGAACUCCUAUAGGGAAGAAACCUUAUAUAUGGAAUGAAAAUUGUACACCUUUCAUCUGAAGAUAUCCCCUCAUACCUUAGGGAUCUCAUCAAAAAAGAAACUUUAUAAAGGCAGCAAUUGUCAAAAGACUUUAUUUGAAAGUUACAGGCUAUGCAUUUAGGAGGCAAAAACCUGUGGAUGCAGAGAAAGUGGGAAAUUAUUCUUUUUCAAGUCAUAUUUGCUAUGUAUUAUGGUAUUCAUUCAAGAGAGGGACCCUACAGUUGCAGUAAAUGCAGCCAUGUUAUGAUAAUGAGAGUAUUCCCUAGAAAGUCAAAACUCUUUGAACAUUUCAUACGAGAGAGAUCCUACAGAUGCAGUGAAUGUGAUAGUCUUCCCAAUUAAUGCAUAAUCUUCCUUACAUCAACAAACUUAUAUAAGAGGAAAGCCUUGUUAAUGUAGUAAAUGUUAGUAUAUCCUUCAUAUAGAUGUCAAGACUCACUAAUCAUCCACAGAUUCAUAUAAUAGAUAAAUCUUUUUGAAACAAGGAAUAUGGAAAGUGGCAUAUUAAACACCAGGUAUUUAAUUCAGGGAAGAAUCCAAUGGAUAUAGUUAAAGUCUGCCUUUGGCCACCAAAUUCAUUGCACAGCAAGAAAGAAAUGCCACAAGUUGCAGUGAUUGUCAAAAUGCUUUAUUUACAAUUCAGAGCUCCUUAACUGCCCACUAAUUUUCAUAGCAGAAAGACCCUAUUCUCAGACGGGGAUAAUUUCUAGAUUCAGCGAAGGUAUAAAAUCCUUAAGGAAUCAUAUCUGUAUUCUACUCCAGUAAACUCAUACAUUACAGAAAUACUGUGAUUAUAGUCACUGAAAAUGCUUUCUGUGGAGGAUUGGAUAUCAUUAAGCACCAUAAGCUCUUCAAAAUAGAAACAAUUUGCUCCACGCAGAGAUUUUAUGAAUGUGGCAAAAGCAUCAGUGAUAAAUUAUAUUCCAUUUUUGCAUUUCAUGAAUUUGUUUCUUCACAUCUGACUGUAUCUUAAAUUGUGAUGCAUGUUACAGUCGAUGGAAUGUCAUCAUUUCAUUGUUAGGGCUUUUCUACAUUUGAUGACAUUCUAAAUUUGAGUAAGUAAGCUUGGAAACUAUCUAUAGAAUGAAAUAAUUUUAUAAAGGUUUAAUAUAAUUGUUUUAGAAAGGGUUCCAGAGAAUAUUCUACUACAAAUAUUAGCGAUUUUCACCACAAAUACAAUGCUGUUUGACUUAUAGAAAAAAAUCAGAACACGGUAAAGAUCAGUUGAUUUCAGCCACGGUUUGUGGGGGUUAUGUUGUGGACUAUACACUACAUAAAAUGAACUUUAUUCAAUUUUAUGUAUUAAUUUAAUUUUUAUUUUUGUAAUUACAUGAAGGAAUAUAAUUUUUAGGGUUUAA